AUGCAGCAAAUCCAUCAACUACAUGGUGCUGCUGCUACUAUGCUUCAGUGGCGAGAUGGCACGGUGAAGAUGCUCCAGCAGCCGGCACUUGCGGCUGCAAAGCUACACAUGGUUUGGUGGCAGUGCAACAGCUGCAAGCCUUCAGGAGGUGGCUGUUUAGCAUUGGCAACCAUGGGAGGCUGCUACGAGAUGCUAGCAGCCGCGCUUCCUUGUGGUUGCAGCAAGGUUUCUGUCGUGGAUUGCAAUAUCGUAGUGGCCAUACUCCUCAAUAUUCAUCUGAAGAUCCCUUCUUCCUCUUCUCUUCUCUUUCUCCCUGCAAAACAACACGAAGUGAAAAGACCACACCAGGGGGUGUUGGCCAAAGGCCUUUUGAUGUCUAAGUUAGGUCGACUGUGUGUAGAAAAAAUAGUAGCUAACAAAGUGUAUGGAGAUUUCUCUCUGGAAGAACCGGGUGGCUAG